GGGUACGGAAAUAAGUAGUUGUAAGGUAGACUCACGUAACUUGUAAUUUCGAUAAAGAGCAAAUCCCCUACUAUCUAGAAUGCUUAUACUUAUCUUUGGCUAAUUAACAUAACAAACCGAGUGUAAUAGAACAGCUGCGUGUAACAAUAUUUGAAACAUACCGACGUGGACGGACACGUGUUGCACAUCCAUAAGAUGGAAAGCCAUAGAUUUCCGCUAGCGGCUAAUGUUUAUUUUUUAAAUAAAAAUUGCGCUAUACCAAAACCAAAGCCCAUACAAAUGAUCGAGUGUGCAAAAAUGAGGCGGUACAAAAAUAAGAAGUACCUAAACAGUUGACGAGUAGAUUAUUUUCAGGAUUAUUUUCAUUUACAAACGAUUAACGAUAGCCGAAAAUUUUUCGGUCAUUAGGACGCAGUGCGUGUAGCACAGUGGGCCCGACAAAGUCAUCACGUCGCAGCGCAGGUAAAGCCUCCCCCACUUGCUCGACGGGCUUCGUAGCCGCGUAUACACGAAGAGUGAGGUGGCCGUACAGAGGUACCGUUAUUAUUCCUCCUUCUCGCCGAGCGUUGAACCAGUCUUCAGCUGGAUCCGGCCGCGCAAGCAUCACUGAAAUGCCGCUGGAUUCCUCGCUGUUUACCACCGAUUCGAGGGAGUGCAAUCGCGAAUCAGCAACGAGCGAGGAGAAUUUGGCCGGGUAAACAGUCACCCGCACUCGCAUACACAUCCAGCUAGACAAGACACGACCAUAGUGUAAUCAAGGCCAAGAUGAGCGGUAAGCUGCAGGUGAAUUCGAACGCGGCGGAGCAGACGAGGCCGAAGCAGAAGUCGAAAUUUUGGGCCUACUUCUGGUGGCUGUUUGGUGGCGUGUUCGGGGCACACCACGUUUACCUCGGACGGGACGAGCACGCGCUGGUCUGGUUCUGCACGUUGGGCGGCUACUUUGGAAUCGGAUGGCUCAGGGACAUCUACAGGAUACCUACCUACGUGGCCGACGCCAACGACGAUCCCGAAUUCCUCAGCUGGUUCAAGCACCGAGUUCGCUUCAACAAGAAGCCCCCGUUUGGAACAGUGCGCUUCCUGGGCGCUAUCAUAGUCUCCUACCUGUUCGGUCAGCUCGUGCUGCUGGCGAUUCCAGAGGACGAAAUAAACGGAAUAAACUUCAAGCCGCUCAUCAUCUUCAUACCACUGGCGGUGGCGUACGGUACCUGGUUGGUCGGUAACGUAGGUCGGGAACAGGGUUCUAUAUGGCUGGCCCUGAUCGUCUCGUACCUCUGCUACCCGACGCUCUACUAUAUCGGUGACGACAGCACAUGGCUUGGACUGAUGGUCCUCGCCUCGACUCUGACCUUCGACACGUUCUCCAAGGAGUGGAGGCUCAGGCGGAGACAGAAGCGCAGCAAAUCACGACGACUGGCCCUCUUCCUCGUCUUCGCCCUCGUCUACGGGGGCCUGUGGGCCAGCUACUUCUACUUCAACGCCACGCUGACCGACAGCGAGGGCGAGGAGAUCAAGCUGUCCGAGGCCAUCAAGCACUUUUUAACUUCGCCGAUAUGGCUGGAUCUCAAGGCGAGUCUCGAGGAUACCUGGACGCAGACGAAGCACCAGGGAUUCUGGGCGACCUGGAGGCAAGUGAUCGACCUGACCGAUCCUCGGGGCGAGAUAAACGCCUACAGGGUUCUGGGCUUGUCGCAGACCGCCUCGCAGAGCGAAGUGACUCACAGGUGGAGAGCGCUCUCGCGAGAGCAUCAUCCCGACAAGGUGAAAGGCUCAGAGGAGGAGCGACGUCAGGCCCAGGAGAGGUUCCUCGAGAUCCAGCAGGCUUACGAGAUUCUGUCGAGUGCGAAGAACCGACGGCAGAGAAAAAACAAAAAAUCCGAUUGACACUUUUAAGCCUAAUAACAUAUAUCGAGUGUUUGUGAGACUGCGAUUCGGCGAUGAGCGCGAGUGUGACUAUUAAAUUUUUAUCUCAUUAUAUCAUAAUGCUAGAACCAAACUUGUCUUCUCUUUUUCGGUAGUAAACGUACUUGAAACUUA